AAAAUGUCCAAAUCCAAAUUCUUUUCCCCCAUUAUAUUAGCAUCUCCCUUUCCUUUCAUUUACUUGAAAAUCCAUUUUUCCUAACCCUAGCAGAGAAAAAAAAAUCACUGUUUGUAUAUCAUAUAAUAUAAAUUCAAAUUUAUACAGAUUUAAAGCAAGUUCAAGGUGGAUUUAAAAGGUACAUAUAUAUUUUGAAAAAUGGCAGAUGGCAUUUCAGGCUUUUGGGGUCCUGUAACAUCUACCAAAGAGUGGUGUGAACUAAAUUAUGUCCGUUCGUCAUAUAUUGCAGAGUUCUUUAAUACCAUAUCAAAUGUCCCAUGCAUUAUUUUGGCUUUGAUUGGUCUUAUGAACGCCCUCAGACAACGGUUUGAGAAGAGGUUCAGCGUCCUUCAUAUGUCAAAUAUAAUACUUGCCAUAGGGAGCAUGAUAUACCAUGCCUCAUUGCGGGAGAUGCAACAGCAAGGUGAUGAGACACCGAUGGUAUGGGAAAUGCUUCUCUAUAUUUACAUCAUUUAUUCACCGGAUUGGCAUUACAAGACUACCAUGCCCAUAUUUUUGUUCCUUUAUGGUGCAGUAUUUGCCAUUCUGCAUUCGCAGAUUCGCUUUGGUAUUGGUUUCAUGCUACAUUAUGCGAUAUUGUGCCUUCUAUGUGUUCCUCGCACGUAUAAGUAUUAUAUUCAUACAGAAGAUAGAUCCGCAAAGCAGCUUGCGAAGUUAUAUGUGGCCACAUUAUUAGUUGCAGCCUUCGGCUGGUUAUGUGAUCGUCUAUUCUGCAAGCACAUUUCACUCUGGUACUUCAAUCCACAAGGUCAUGCAUUAUGGCAUGUCCUUAUGGGCUUUAAUGCGUACUUUGCAAAUGCGUUCUUGAUGUACUGCCGUGCUCAGCAAAGAGAAUGGAAUCCAAAAAUCAAACACUUGCUCGGAUUUUUCCCAUACGUAAAGAUCCAUAAACCAAAAGCUCAGUAGCACAAGUUAUUAGCGGCGAUGAAUGCCACCAAGGAACAAGUGCCAGUAUUCCUGAUUUUUUUCUUUUUUUUUUAAUCUCCAUUUUGCAGAUAUGUAAAUGAAAGUUUGAAUUAGUUUGAUUGGUUUUGGGGUAGUGACCAAAUUAUCUUACUGUAGAAUUAGUGGUGUAGCAUAUAUUUAUACUACUAUUAUAGAAGGCUGACAUGACUAACUAAUAGUCCUUUUCCUAAUGCUUUUGCAUUUUAGGAACUGUUAUAACAUGGUUUAUUCUGCUA